AUGGCUACCAGCUUCAACGAAGCCCGAGAUGUCAUUGCCAAGCUCGCGGACGAGCGGUCUGGAGUCUUUGCUCAGGAUGAAGAAAUUAUCGCUCUGGAGGACGCUGUCGGCCGUACGGUCAGGACAGACAUCCACAGUCCGCUUUCCACGCCCACAUUUGACUCGGCCGCAGUCGAGGGUUACGCGGUCGUAGCCAGUCAAGUAUCAUCCGCAAGUCCUCGAACGCCAAUGCGAUUAAGAUGCAUGGGCACUAUUAGACCAGGCGACCGGCCACUCGAAAUUCACGAUACUGUCGUAUCAGGUUAUGUCACGUGCGUCGAGAUCUUUGUUGGAGCACCGUUCCCUACUGCGCAGUCUACCAAACGACCAUACGACGCGAUAGUGAUUCGAGACCAUGCGACAAUAGUCGAGGAAGGCGGUGGCGGCAGAAUCAUACAGAUUGCGCGCCCUCCUUUGACUUCAUGGCACAAGCGCAUUGCAGGCAGCGACUUCCGCCAGAAUGAGGUCAUUCUCAGUCGAGGUACCUCUGUUGCGCCCAGACAUAUCAUGGCUCUGGCAUCCGUUGGGAUUCGGCAAAUCUCGGUGACACGACUCGUACGGAUCGGCGUGGUGUCGAUAGGCUCGGAGAUAGCAUCUACAGUGGUGGACCAGCAAGCGUUGCAGUACAGGGUGCCCGACGCAGAUGGACCAUACCUCGCAGCUGCACUGCGAGAGAUGGGGGAGGAUGCGCUGUACUGGGGUGUGCUGCCCUCGAAUGGCGGUGUCUUGGCGGCCUUUCUUCGUGACAAGCUUCAAAAUGAGCAGGUCGACAUCAUCGUGACAACGGGUGGCGUGUCCAGAGGUCGAGAAUCCUGCCUGAUUGCCGCAUUGCAACAGCUGGGCGCAAGUACCCACAUCGAUAGUGUUGCAAUGCAACCCGGUAGUUCUGCCAUGCUUGCCUCCAUUCCAGACUCUGCCUUCGAAUCCCUGCAGCGCUCUCGGAACUCCAAUAUCCGGUUUCAGGCUGUGGAUCCUGGUGGCGGCUCGUUCGUGACGCCACCCAAAACACCAGGCAUUAAUCGAAAGCGCUCGCCUCUCAUCUUUGGCCUCCCAGGCAGCCCCAUAGCCAGCGCCUGCUGCUUCCGCUUCCUCGUCACCCCGUACAUCCGUGCCUUGGUCGGUAUGUACAUGGAGCAGGAGAUUCUGGCCAGGGUAUCUCUGACCCCUGAACCCACCAUCUACCAGCCACAAAGUGAUGGAUCGACCAGGGAGUGGGUGGUGAAAGGAUCACAGCACUACGACAUCUUUCGACACGCCAUCUUACGAUCUCAGCACGAUGGAGUCUCAGUGGAGCUUGCGCGAGAACGCAGUAUCGCUAAGGCCAGCCCCUUCGUUUCAUCGAAUUGCUGGCUCCAUGUGCGUCGUGAGCAUGCUGGUGUCAGUGCAGGAGACACUGGGAAUGUUUAUCCUUUCUGCAGUCCCAAGUCUUGA